AUGCGCCCCGACAAGCCGCGCGACCCCGUUGCCGGACCUGAUGCAGGCCCAGAGACACCCUACCCCGUUCGAUUGUCAGGGCCAGUGAUUAAAGGAUUCGGCCGUGGCAGCAAAGACGAUACGAUUGGUCACACCUAUUGUAUUGACCAUAUAGCUUACUCUUACUCCAACCACAAGCUAGGAAUUCCAACUGCCAAUAUCCCCGCCGACGAUCUCUCCGAAAAGCAUCCCGAGUUGACAUCGGGCGUCUACUAUGGUGUUGUCGCGCUAGACCCUAAGACAUAUCAACAUGAGUCCUCGACUUCCGAGGCUGUUAUUCUGCCCGCGGUUCUGAGCAUUGGAUAUAACCCUUUCUACAAGAAUACCGUGCGCUCAGUGGAAAUCCAUAUCAUGCCCCCUCUCACUGAACCAUCGCCUACAGCUGCAGCUGAGGGCCAGACUAAGUUCAAUCGCUUGCCAGAUUUCUACCAAACGAAGCUCAAUCUCUUGAUUUUGGGUUAUAUUCGUCCCGAGUUUGAUUAUGUUUCGCUGGAGGCGCUUGUUGAAGAUAUUCGGAUUGAUUGUGAAGUUGCGCGCGAGAGCUUAUUGCGUGAUUCUUAUAAGUGUUAUAUUGUUGAUGACGGGAAGGCGACUGGGAAGGUUGCUGAAGAUCGAGGUUGGUUGGUGAGUUUUGAGUGA